AUGAAGGUCGUUGUGCUCCAACUUGUGGCCCUUGUGGCAGCACUCACGGUUGUGGGUGGUGUCCUUGGGUCGCCUCUGCGGCAGUGUGUGCCCGGUACCACCGGAAAGGCUGCCGCUGUUGUCGCGCCGCACCGCGAUAUUGAUGCCAAGUUUUCUGGGCGUUUCCCGCUUGCUGCGGGCCGCCUCACCGGCUUCCUUGCUGGUCCGGCCGUGACUUUUGCCGCAGCCCUGGACUCGGCUACCCCUGCGUGGGGCGUUCGCCUCUCGCUCCAAACCCGCCAAGCGCGCCUCUCGCCGGGCCAUGGCGCGUCGGACGCGCCGUUCAAGUGCGCCCUGGGUGGGUCCAACGGCGACGCGCGGCUCAUGUCGCACGUCUUCACCUACGCCACGGUCGCACCCGAUGUGGCCAAGGUCUCUGUCGUCGCCGAGCAGUGGCUCGAGACGGCGAAGCAGGUCGGUGCGCUCGAGCACUCGCUCAAGCUCCUGACCGGCCCUUCGGCGCCGGGCACCACCUUUUCGCUCACCUUUGACGUUACGACGUCUCAGGCUGUGGCGUCGAGCUCUGUCGACGCCGACACCGGCGCUUUUAUCGUGCGCUCCGCCGCAGACGCUGUCCUCCUCGAGCUUUCUGCGCCUGUAGCUUUUGACGCCGACGGCACGCCGCUCGCCGCCCGCUUUGUGGGCUCAGACGACGGCGCUACGUUGGCGUACGAGGUGACGCUCCCGGCCACCGGCAGCGUCGCCUACCCGCUUUUCAUUGAUCCGUUUGCGUCGACGCCGUCGUGGCAGAUCACCGGCACCCAGCACCGUGAGUCGUUUGGCUACUCGCUUGCGAUGGGAGACCUCAACGCCGACGGUGAGAUGGACCUCGCGAUCGGCUCGCCGGCGUACGAUACGCGGCGUGGACUUGACGCCGGGCGCGUCACGCUUGUCAUGGGCACGUCCAACUCGUUUGAGACGGUGGCCGACGGUCAUCUGGAGCUCCCGUCGUCUUACAGCCACUGGGACGCGGUCAUCCGCGCCUCGUUUGGCGUCUCGCUCGACAUCGGUGACGCCGACGGCGAUGCCUACAUGGACCUUGUUGUCGGCGCGCCGCAGGCCGGUGGCUCGAACGACAACGGCUACCGUGGCGAGGCUUUCCUCUACCGCGACGACCACUGCUCAACUUCGUGCAAGGCGAGCUGCGUCGACUCUACCGUGGUCGACACGGUCAUUUCGUCGCCGGUCUCGUACCCGGGUUGGGGCGUUCGUCUCGACACCGGGAUCCCGCAGUCGCUCGGCACCGUCUCGGGCGUCUACCGCGAGACAAUUUCCGAGACGACCUCAGUCGAGACCCGCGUCGAGACGCUCAUCUCCGAGUCGAUUGCCGUGACCUCGAUCGGCAUCCCCUCGUCGGGCUGCCAUUGGCACGUCGGCCAGUUCAUCCGCUUUGACGACGUGACCUUUGGUUCGGGCUUCCUGUGGCACACCGAGGUCGGCGCCGGAUGGCCGACCUCCACGCUCACCUUUGAGCUCUUCUACCGUGGAACCGACACGGUCGGCUCGCUCGCGCACUACGCUUCGUCGUCGCACUCGGACGCGUUCCGGCUGUACGACCCCAACGCGCUUAGGGCUCGCUUCCGCGGCUCCAACCUCAACACUGGUGCUAACGUCGCCGACGGCAUGUGGCAUCACAUUGCGGUGACGUGGCGGACCGCUUCGUCAGGCCAGACCAUUGUGUACGUUGAUGGCGCACAGGUUGCGUCAGGCACGACGACAACCGGCUCGCUCGGUGGCGUUGGCUCGUUCCUUGUCGCCGGCCGGCUUAACAACGGCUACCGCUACCGCUACACUUCGGCUUCCAACUCGCUGGAGGACUCUGAGAUCUCGCUUGUCCGCAUGUGGAACGAGUUCCGGUCUGCGACGCAGAUUGCCGACUCGAUCGGGUGCGCGCCGGCGCCGUCGCCGACGCUCUACGCCUCAUGGGACUUUUCGGUUGUCGAGCGGGUCAACGAUGCCUCGGACGCUCUGCGCGUCCGCGACCCGGUCUCGGGCCAUUGGCUGGGCAUUGUCAACGGCGAGGUCUCGGCGCCCGACUCGACGCUCCCGCGGCCGUCGACCGGCUCGGUCUACACGGCCACGCUUGAGCGGACAAUCAACACAACGACGAUCACCCACACCCGGACGUGCUCGGCGUGCUCGGGUGCCGGUGGCUGCCGCUGGCGCAACGCCCAGGAGAACCCGAUGAGCGACCGCCUGGGCUGGAACAACGCUGGGCAGAUCGGUUCCGCGGUGGCCAUCGGUGCGACGCUGACCGGGUCCGGCGGCGUCGCUGUCGGCCGCCACCUCCUUGGCUCCCCGUACGGUGGCGAGGGCUACGUCUACAUCUACAACAACCCGCGGUCCAACUUUGGUACGACUGUUGAUGACACGCGGCUGCAGAACCCGCAGUCUUCGCGUCGUGGUGCCGAAGGCUUUGGCAUGUUUGGCAACCGGCUCUAUGCCCGUGCUGACCUGCUCAACGGUGACGGCCGUGUCGACCUUGUUGUUGCCGCGCCGCGCCACUCGGACACGCAGCAGUCGGGCGGCAUCGGGUACACCGGGCGCGUCCUGGUCUAUCCCGGCACGACCGGCACCACGAUGUCGACCACGCCCGGCUGGGCUGUCACUGGCCCGUCGUUUAACUCGGGCUUUGGCCGCGGCCUCGCCGCAGCCGACGUCAACGGUGAUGGGUUCAUGGACCUGCUUGUGGGCGCGCCGUUCCGCCAGGUCAACGCUGGCAACGACGGCGCCGUGUACGUGUACGCGGGCUCGGCUUCGGGUCUUUCGUCGACGACUGCUGCGCAGAUGGUGGCCGGCCCGGCCAUCUACGGCCAGUUUGGAGAGGCGAUUGCGCCUGCUGGUGACCUCAACCGAGACGGGUGCCCGGACGUGGUCAUCGGUGCGCCGAACACCGGCGACAACGUCGAGGGCGCGGUCUACGUGUUCCGCGGCUGCGACUCGGUGACCGGCUUCCUUGGCGCCACGCCGGCGCAGGCCAUCACCAUGCCUGAAGAGAACGGCAUGUUUGGUCGUGCCAUGGUCUCGGCUGUCGACAUUGACGGUGACUCGUGGAACGACCUCAUUGUCUCGCAUCCGUUCUGGUACGCGUCGGGCAUGGCUACCCAGGCUGUCGGCCGUGUCAUCAUGCUCCGCGGCCUGCCGAUGGCCGACCUGGAGGUGACCUCGGUCGUCGCUCCGGUUGCGUCUGUUGCCGUUCCGGCGCAGGUGACGGUCACGGCCUCCUUCCGCAACAACGGCGCUUCGGUGGCUAACAACGGCGUCGCCACGUUUGAGUUUGAGACCGCCGAGGGCCUCUCGCUCAAUGCACCGUCGGGCGCGCUCCUCGCCGGCGCGUGCACGCUGGCGCCCAAGUCUGGUGCGCCUACGUUUAUGGUCUCAACCUGCCCGCUCAACGCGAUUCCGGUCAGCCCCACGCCCAGCACGAUCACGUACACGUUCUCGACGACCGUCGACACGCCCAACGUGGCCCGGACGGUGACCUUUUCGGUUGUCGCCGAUGAGGUGGACGAGGACGGCGCCACCGGCUCGGACUCGUUUAGCCUCACGGCGCCGGUCGACAUCUCGGUGCAGAUUGUGUCGGAGCCGCCCGAGGCGAAUUCUGUCAUCCUCGAUGGCUUUAUCGAGUAUGUCGUUGUUGUCCGCGCGGCACCUGCGAUGGUGACGGCGUACAACGUGCAGCUGUCGUCGAACAUGCCGACGUCGGCGUUUUUCUACGACUCGGUGGUGGCCCAGGACACGUCGCCGACCCACACCGUGGCAUGCGGCGGCGCGUCGACGUGCACCAUUCCGCGGCUCCGGUCCGGCGAGGAGUUUAACGUCACGUACACGCUUCAGGUCCUCGACGGCAUCACGUCGCUGGUGACCAACAACCAGUACGUGCAGACCUUUACCGUGACGACCGACUCGGACGACUCGAACUCGGCCAACGAUGUGGCGGUGACCAAGGCAUACAACGUGACGCAGACGUGCGACCUUGUGGUCAACCUCAUUGCGUCGCCGACGUCUGUGGUUGCCGGCUCGGAGGGCCUCAAUCUGGUUGCGACGUUCCAGAACAUCGGCCGGGUGGUGUGUGCUGGAGUAGAGGCGAACCUGACGGUGCCUACUGGCAUCCAGUACCUCCUCUCUGCGCCGCAGCCGUCCUCGUUCUCACCGGCGUGCGUGUGGGACCAGGCCAACUAUGUGGUCUCGUGCAAGUUUGACGCGCCUCGGUUCGAAGCGCGGUCGGUCUUUUACCGGUUCAAGACGAUGUCUUCGUCCGACGCGCCGAUUCCGGUGCUGAUGAACACGACGCAGACGACGCUUGAGCUCGAGGAGAACCUGCACGACAACAAUGCAGCUGUUGUGGUCAACUCGUACUUUGCGGUCGACGCCGGUGUCUCGCUGCAGCCGCCGUCGCGGCUGCUCGACGGCAACAACCGCCCGCUGUACAUGAUUCCCGAGGUGCCUGUCCGCUGGUCGAUCGGCCUCAAGGCCGGCUCGUCGGCGUCCGACAUUCCGGCAGGUGCAACGACGGUCUUCCAUAUCCCGGCCGUGUACGGCGUGCCGCCGACUGGCCUCACGGCGCAGUCGGCCAACGGCGUGACGUGUGUGGUGUCGGGCGCCGCCGCCAACGUGACGUGCACGUGGCCGCAGAUUCUGGCCGGCGGAGAGAUGAGCAUCGAUGUUCUCGUCGAGGCGCCGUUCACGGCGGCGGACACCAUCCGCGCACAAGUUGCGGUGACAAACACCGGCAUUCCCGACUUUGACACCUCGAACAACGUGGUGUUUGGCUCGGAGCUGCUGGACAAGACGACCAACGUGGCGCUCGCCACGUCGUACGGCCCUGUCCCGUCGCCGCGCGGUGGAACGAUGGAGAUCCGUGGCGACGUGGUGGUCAAUGGCGGGCGGAACCCGGCGAAGGACUUGGUGCUCAACGUGGAGUACCCCGAGGAUGUGACCUACGUCUCGGCGGUCCUGCUCGAAGGCUCGUGCGUGGACAAGCCGGCGGUGCGCGUGGUGACCUGCACGCUCCGUGCGGAGCUUGUCGACCGUGGUCGCCUCGUCCCGACGCUCCUCUUCACGCCGACUUUCCUCGGCACGCGGGUCUUCAACGUCAACAUCACCAACUCGCGGACGGAGCAGCUGCUCUCGGACAACGUCAAGGCGAUCUGGAAGACGCGGUGA